CCAUCAAGCGUGUCUCGCCAAUUUCCUCUGGUAUUGGGCCUAUUGUCAAGCUCCCACGACAUUAGAAAGAUCGACAAUUCAAAAUGGACGCUACAACACGUAACGCAUCAGUCACCUCCGCUCAGGUGCGAACUGAGCUCGCCUACAAGAACAGAUGGCGGACAUUGUUGCACAACCCGAAGCUCAUCAUCAUCGCGUUCUUUGCUUCUUUCGGAGGUUUCGAAUAUGGUUACCAGCAAGGUGUACUGGGCCAGUCUUUGGUCAUGCACCGCUUCGUCGAGAACUUCCCCUCCGUCGUAAAGUCCUCUUCCGCCACUGGCUGGCUCACCUCCAUCUUGCAGCUUGGUGGUAUCCUCGGAUCUCUCUCCGCUGGUGUCUUCGGAGAAGUCUUCUCUCGUAAAUAUACCAUGUUCAGCGCCUGUCUCUGGGUUGUUCUUGGAUCUUACCUAUACUGCGGUGCCACCCAAGGCAAGCCCGCUAUGCUGUACGCUGGCCGUUUCUUCACUGGUAUUGGUGUCGGAACUUUCUCCGGUGUUGGUCCUCUCUACAAUGCAGAGCUUUCAGCGCCCGAGCUCCGUGGUCUUCUCGUUUCGUUCUACCAGUUCGCAACUAUCCUCGGUAUUAUGUUGUCUUUCUGGAUCGGUUACGGAAGUAACUAUAUUGGUGGCAUUGGAGAAGGCCAAUCAAACCUUGCAUGGCAGUUGCCCUCUAUCAUUCAGGGUAUUCCCGCUGCUAUUCUUGCCAUCGGUAUCUGGUGGCUUCCAUUCUCCCCUCGUUGGCUCGUCAAGCAGGGUCGUGAUGAGGAGGCUCUGAAGACCCUGUCUUACCUCCGCAAGCUUCCCGUUGAGAAUGAGCUCAUUCAGGUCGAAUACAAGGAGAUUAAGGCCGAGGCUCUCUUCGAGCGCCGCUCUUUCGAGAAGAACUUCCCCAACCUUGCCGCUAAGGAGCAGGGCAAUGUCUGGGUCGCUCAGUUCGCCCAGUACUACCAGAUCGUCAGGACUUGGGACAACUUCAAGCGUGUUUCCAUUGCCUGGUUGGUCAUGUUCUUCCAGCAGUGGUCCGGUAUUGACGCCAUCAUCUACUACGCCAGCAACGUCUUCCUUUCCCUUGGUUUGACCGGUGGAACCCAGGCGCUUCUUGCAACUGGUGUCACUGGUGUCGUUUUCUUCGUCAGCACUUUGCCCGCUAUGGCCAUCAUUGAUAAGGUCGGACGUAAGCCUAUGCUUCAAGUCGGUUCCAUCGUCAUGUUCGUCUCCAUGGUUAUCGCCGGUAUCAUGGUCGCCAAGUUCCGCCACGAUUGGGUUGCCCACUCCGCCGAGGGAUGGGUCGUCGUCGCCUUCAUCUGGGUCUACGUUGGAGCUUUCGGUGCUACCUGGGGACCCGUCAGUUGGACCCUCGUUGCGGAGGUGUUUCCCCUGUCUAUCCGUGCUAAGGGUGCUUCCAUCGGUGCCUCUAGCAACUGGCUAAACAACUUCGCCGUCGCUUUCUUCGUCCCGCCCAUGCUCGAGAACUGGGCUUGGGGAACCUACAUUUUCUUCGCUGCCUUCCUUGCCUGCGGUAUUGUCUGGGUCCACUUUGUGCUUCCCGAAACCCGUGGCGCCACCUUGGAGGAGAUGGAUCGCGUCUUCGGAAGCCGCACUGGCGAGGAGGAUGCCAUCAUGCUCGAGGAGGCUCGCCGCGAGAUCGGACUCAGCUUCAUGCUCGAGGAGGAGGCCAUCAAGGCUGCUCACCAGGGCGAGCAGGUGCACAUUGAUGGCGAGAAGCGCGCCCACACUGAGAACGUUUAGAUAAUGGAUUAAUGACGGUGCAAUGGUCUCAAUGAUCACUCUGAGGCUGCAAGCAGCCCGGAGGACAAAAUUCAUGCCUUGAUUGCUUCAGGGUUGCAACAAAGAUCGGAUGGAGAUAUCCUUCUGGUCGUAAGAUAG